UCACUAGGACAGCAACAACAACCAACAAUGUCCCUCAUGUUUCUAAUCUGUUUUUUGCAGUUCUUUUCUUUGAGGAGAUUGUUAAAUGCUGGUUCCCAGCGUUGGCAAGUUGCGGGUGUGGGAUUUAUUGUAGGGUCUCUGAGUGUUCGAAUGCUGGCUAGAAUGCAUGGUGCCCGACUCAAUGUCGUUUUCUCUUGAUUCUACGGAACUCCCUCGAAGGUUUUCUAACUGAAUAGCUGGUGGAGAUGUUUGCAAGGUCUGUUAAAAUAUUUCCUUUACUAUUACACGUAGUUGCAGAGGGAGUGUUACAGCUCCAAGCAGACGUGGCUGUUUGCCUGUUCCAACGUGGACAGUACAACCUCUGUUAGGCUGAUGAUUUCACAAAACUUUCUCUUCAAAACUUUACUGCUUACAGCCCUGGGCUUAAGUUAAGCAAACAACUUGUGCUUUCAUUGGGUGUUUUGUCUUUUGUUUGCUGUUUAAUGACAUUUCAGCCGAGGGAUCUGUGCAGUGCAGCCAGCAAUUCAGCAAUGUGCUGUUGGGUCACAGAGAGCUCUGUGCCUGUGGCACUCUGGCACUUGGCACUGCUGGAUCCAGAGCCAGCCAGAGUCUGAGGAAUUCAAGUGUUGUACUUGUAAGCUCUUGUCAAAGGAUCUUCCCUCAGUAAAAUCAGAUACUAUCAAGUAAUUGAACUGUUUCUCAAGAUUUCUAAUCUAAAUGGACUCCUUAAGCGCUCUUGGCAUUUGACUUUGCAAAAUGUCAUGUUCUACUCAUUUUUUGUUUGACUUCCUGAAAUCUCCAUUUUCAGAGGCUGCAAUUUGGGUUUGAUCUCUGCUCAAAACCACUGUUUAAAUGAAGGGCCUUAAAUUAUUGAAAUUGUGGGAGGAAAGCAUUUUAUAUUCUCUUUAGGCAUGUGUUCAACUGAACCUAUAUCAGAUUUAAAAUGGAAUCAUCUUGACACAAAUGAGGACCCUCUCGAGUGUGUGUAUUUCACUGCAGGCAGAAAUAGCCAUGGCACAUUUGGGGUUUUUUUAGGUGCUAGAAUUAGUAAUCUUCUGUCAUACUGAAUAUCUUGAUCUGUGUUGCCUCUUUAGCUGCUCUGAUCUUUGACAAUUUUUUUUUUUUUAUUUAACUUCAGAAGGGCUUGGUUGUGUUUCUUACCUCACUGUCAUGAACUCAUUUUUCUGAACUAUAAGUAGUGUUUGAUGUGAGGUAACUGCUCUAAAAUCCAACUGUCUGGUUGGCUGCAGCUGAGCUUGAUGAUCUUGGUGUAGGAAAUAGGUGGGGUUAGGUGUCAGUUUGUAGAAUCAUAGAAUUGUUUAGGUUGGAAAAGAUCUCCAAGAUUGAGUUCCACUGUUCCCCCAGCACUUCCAAAUCCACCACUAAACCAUGCCCCUUUGGACAUGUCCUAUGGACAUUUGCCUCUUGCAAAUGCCUCUUGCAUUUUAAACAUAUCCAUUGUCUUACCCAGGAGUUUUAGCAAACUCACAGUCACCUAAUAAAGGCUCCAAAACUAAACCUCUUUAAAGAGAAACAGAUCCAGAAUAUAAGAUGUGGGGGUUUAACCCUUAGUCUGGCAUUCUUCCACGUUGUAGCAGAUGCCCAGACUUGCAGGCUGUUUGCUAUGUGGUGUUUGGCGUUUUCACCCCAAAUUCCCCAUGGAAAAGGAGAACUUUGUAGCACCAACUUCCCUGUGAGAAGAUGCUUUGGACAAAUUGGUGCUGCUGUGCUGAAGGAGGAGCUCCUGAAAGAUUGUAAUUCUGGCUGUUCUGUGAGUGCAGGGCUGACAGAUGCCCUGAUCGUGAAGAGCAUAUUAACUCACUGUAGUUGAGGAUGGGUUGUAUGUGUGGGGAUGGAGAGGGAAGUAGCUGUAGUUGUUCCUCCGCAUCAGGCACUAUUUGGUGCUUUGAAUCAAUUCAAGGCAACUGUCUUGAGACCACCUUAAAGACAAUCUACCCACCAGCCUCCCUCUGAGAGUUCGGUGAGCUGGUUUUGCUAGUGCUUGGGAAGGAAUCGUGGUCUGUGGGAUGGCACAGUUUGGAAGCACUUGAGCCCUAUAGACCCACCUGCAAGCAUGAAGGACAUGGGCUCCUCAAACACUUCAUGCUGGUGCUUUUUCUCCCCAUUGCCCCCAUGGCAAAGCUGCCUGGUGGUGAUGUUUUAUCCUGCAAAAUUCCCCUUCGUGUGUGCUGAGCCAAAACCUGCAGCCAGUUUAGAAGGCUGCAACCUUUUUGUAAGUUUGUGUUUGCUGCAGGCUGAGCUGCUAAGAUUACUGCAGGCCUGGAAGUUCAAGUACACAAGUAAAAGAGUACCCUGGAGGAUUUUCUGUGCCUGUGCUUGUUGCCCAAGCAGAGAAGCUGUUCCAGAUGGUUGUAUCUUGCACAGCUCUCCUGAGAUCCAAUCAUGUGGCUGAUGCUGCCGUGAGGUCAGUGUGUCAAAUUGGGAAGGAGGCGGGGGGGGCAAGGAGGCUUGCAUGAGGAUGAUCAGACUCUCCUCCCUCAAGCUUUCAUCAUGAAGGGGGUUCUCCCUGACUGGCACCAGGGUAAAUGCAGUUGGCAUCAGCUAGAGGUGAGUGUUCACCUUCCAAGCUGGCGUCAGGAGUGGCAGUGGGGUUCUUGGCAUCUCAAAUGUCCCUGUCCUUCGUGAAUUGUCUAAUGCCCUGUUGUGAAACCAAGGUGGAGCCAGGAGGAAUGAGAAGCCAACCACAACCUGUGCUUUCAACUGGAGCUGCAGCACAGGUUCAGCACUGCCCUUCCCAUUCCCUCCUGUUUGUGUGCCCAGGCAGCAGCGCUCUCCUUGGUCUCCUACCUCUGUUGGGAUUGUAUCCUGGUAACAUCGCUCGUGGUGAGGUGCAGAAAACUCCCUGCAGUCCUUUGAGGGCUGUAGCUCUGGAAAUUAUGAACAAAACUCACCCCCAGGUACAGUUCUAUGUCAGAAAAACCUUACAUGCAGCUGUUCCCUGGAGUACAUGUUUUCUUGAUAGUGUUGUUUGUCUUGACCUCUUUAUCGCUGCUUUUGUGAGAUUUCAAGUAGUUUCUACUUAAUUUGAUACAAAAGAAAAGUGUUGAUAUAAAGUGCUGGACCUAGUUAGUGUUUGUUUUACAAAUGGGUACUUAAGGUUUAAAAGGUGAUCUGAUUGAUUGCUUUGGGAAUUAAAUCUGGGCCAUGUUUCCACCAAGGCAAUUUUUGCUUGUACGUGACAAUAAAGGAGUACAUUGCCUGUUCCUGGGUAAGAUGGUGUGAGACUUAGAAAGGCAAAGCUUGUGUGGCUGCUGCAUGCUGCUUCUGUAAACAGUCUUUUAUCCCCUUCCUUGUAGAGGAAUGGUGAUGUACCUACUUGUGGUUCAACAAAAUCCUUCUCUGGAAAAAGAGGUAAUUAAUAAAAUGCAGAGCUUAACUUUAAUAAUAAAGUAUAAACCAACUGAAAUGUAAAAUACAACCAGUAUUUAUGGUUUCUUGGGACUGAUUUUCCACUCUUUCUGUGUAGUAAAACUUCCAUACUAUAAAAGUAAUAAACUUUAGCUGUUCUGUGUUAUCUUGAAGUUGGCAGUCAUAUGGUACAGUAGCAUGAUAGGUGAUCCUUGUCUGUCACAGAAAGGCUCAUAAUGAGGUUGCUGAGGGGUUUCUGUGUAUCUUAAUAGUCAAACUUCAGCAAAUAUUGUCCAUAUUUAGAAGGAGAAGGUGAGAUCAAACAGAAUCAAUAGCAAACCUGUAGAUCAGGUUGCAACAUUUCAUCACUGCCUUUAUUUUAUACUCGUGUAAACUGUUGUGCUUCCUGGUCAGAGUUUUUUGUAGACACAGCCAUGCUGUAAUUCACCACUUCUUUUCUGAGCUGAAAUGUUCUGUUUGGUUUCCGCUUGAGUGUGACAGAGGGAGAGGUUGCUGUAGCCAGGAUCCCUUAGCUGUACUGAGGAAAGGCUAUGCCUCCACUUGAGUUUGAAUGACACAACAACCAAGUAAACACAAAGCACAGCCAAGACAAAUUCUAACUUAAAAGUUUUUUAAAUUUUUAAAAGUUGUUUUUUUAAAUUCUAGUUAAAGCUCUUUAAGUUCAAUUAUACCAAAAUCAAUUAAACAGGCAGGAUUGUCUUAAGUGACUGCUUUCAUGUUUCUGAGAUGACCACAUUAACAUUUUUUGCUGUUGGUCUGGAAAUACAAAGAAACACAGGAAAAUACCGUGUUCGUUUAGAGGCAGAGCAGGUUGCUGAGGUGAGGGUGGGUGACUGACGUCUCUCUUCCUUGUGCUGCCAUUGUGUUGCAAUGCCUGUGGGUUUGGCCUUCAGCUUCUGCAUUUGAUUUGAUUUAUGUACGUGACUUUCUGAAAGCUGGAGUCCCUGGAAGGUUGCUGUGCCCUGGAGAUGUCUUUGGGGACGGAAAGGGCAGCUCUUUGGCCCCUUCCCAACAUUUUGAGCUGAUAAUCCAGCCUCAUACUGUGGGAGAAAGCCUAGGGCAUUUGUUGGGGCAGAAAGCCCAAAGUGCUGUAAAAUCAGAUUUUACCUCCUGAGGAGUUUUGCUGUGGGCUCUGGGAAGGCACCUUCCCCAGCCUUUCAGUGACCUGCCCUGUGUUUCAGGGGCACUGCUGUCCCACAGAGUUGGGCAGGGGCUUGUCUUUCUCCACCCUUGUGCAUCCAGAUCCACUAGAUGAGCUCCAACAGAGAUGUGGUGUUUGUACCAUUUGAUCUCGGUGCUCUGUAACAGCAGCACGGGUUCUUCCAUACUGCAAGCAGCAAAAUUCUCUGUGAGGAGGUGUUUACUGUUGGAGUUGGGCUGCUUAAACUCAACUAUCAACCCCUAAACCCCAGCAGCCCACACUAGUCCCACAUGCAGAGCCCCCUAAACAUCAGCCUCAUGUCUCUGCACUGUUCCCCUCUGAAACACCCCAAACCCGCUCUCAGCCCUGCUGGAUCCUUUCCCAGCCCCUCACCUCUUGCUCUUGCCUCCCAACAGAGCCCUGCCAUCCAUGUGGUGCUUGCACUGGCUGCACAUGGAGACGUGUCUGCAUCUCUGCCAUGGCACUGCUCGUCGUGGUGGCUGCUGUGGGCUUGGGGGUGGCACUGGGACUCCUGCCACGGGCAUCAGGUUGUAUUCCAAGAGUCAUUAUUUUCUGGGUAAGGGAGGCAGAAGUGAUGCUGCAUGAGAACAGCCCUCAUGUCCAUCACCAUGUGUGAAAGUGAUGCUUUCCAGCGCAGACCAGGAGGAAGGAAAGGGAUGAGCAGGGUGGUUUGGGGCUGUGUCAGCCUUGCACAGCCCCAGCAGCCCCCAGCCAUUCCUCAGCUCCACUGUCCUGCUCUGCAGGGCUGGGAUAACUCUGGGUGGCACCAUCAUCCUUCAGACUAUUGAUUGGUAUGGUCUUCACACUCUUCCAUGAACCUGCCAGAGAUUAAUCCUGGCCCCUGGCUAUUUCCAGAACAACAAAUGAGUUUCAGAAAUCCCCCUUUAUUCCCUCUGAUCUGUUCCUCGUAUCUUAAAAAUGCUGGAAAGUGAAGGAUUUCUUGCUUUCCCCUCAGUGAACCGCUUCUGCACAGCCCCCAGUAACCGGACAGGCUUCUUGUGUGAUGACAGAGUGACCUGCAUCCCAUCCAGUUGGGUCUGUGACAGAGUCAGCAACUGCAGGAAUGGAGAGGAUGAGCAGGAGAAGCUCUGUGGUGACUUGCCCCACAGCCUCCCAGGAUACCUGGUUUUCCUCUGCAGUAACCCCAGAUCCUGGAUCUAUGCCGAUCAGAGGUGUAACGGGAUGAACGACUGCGGAGACUGCUCUGACGAGUCGGGGAGCUUGGCCUCCUGUCCCCCAUGUGGGUGGGAGUGGUGGAGCUGCAUCCCUGUGCGCUACGAGUACUGCUCCUGCAUCCCCAGGAGGCUGUGCCGGGAUGGUGUCCAGGACUGCCUUGACUGGUCAGACGAGUACGUCUGCAGGCCAUGAAGUCCUGGCACCCCUCAGUGCUGGAGACAGCAGGGUGCUUCCCACACUGUCACCUCUGAGCCUUGCUGUCCUCCUGCUCUGCCACCCACUUGGGAAGCUCCAAUCCAAGCAAAUCCUCAGGAGCAGUGCAGUGACACUGAACAGGGACCAAGGGCACACGGCAGCCCAUGCUGCAGGCUGGGUACUGACUGUGGGACACCUCCAAUGAUUCUCCUGUCAUGUGAAGAUGAGCACUUUCUACAUGGGCUUCUACUGUCUUGCACUUGAUGCUGUGCAGCUCCUGGGACUCUUCAUCGGCUGCUGCCAGCACAGACACGGUGUCUGGGCAGCCCUGGGCCAGGGGUUUCUCCUGUAUGGACAUGCUGCUGCCUCUGCAGGCACAGGCAGGAGGAGAAGCUUCUAUUUGCAUUCAAAACACAUCUGCAGAUGGUUUCAGCAGUGGCUUUGAGGUCCAUGCUCAGGUGCUCCUGGGACACUUCCUUGGGAAUGCUGUGCUGAGGUUGACACCCUGGGGAGCUGCUGCUCAGGCCACCUCCUGCUCUCUUCUCAAACCAUGAAAGCCAACGUGGAGAGCAUAAUGGCAGGGAAAACUGAGGUGAAGAGGUUUCAGGGUUUGUGGGGAUAAAUCACUGUCCCUGUGCCCAUGUAGCUGUCCCUGCAAGCCAGGAAAGGGAACCGGCAUGUGGAUAAACUUUACUUCUUUCAGGGCUGUGCAGUUCUGGAGCAGCAGCAUAGCAGGCUGAGAACAGCCAUGGAGCUGGGAUAUGUUUCACCAAAAUUGACAAAGAAGGGAGGAAAAAGAAGUCACAGCCUCAGAGCAGAGAGUGGCAGAAAACCAAGUGCUGCUCCCAGGGCGGUGCGGGAUGACACCGGAUCCGACUGCUGCUUGUUUUGUUCCUCUGCCAGCACUGCAGGAUCAGGCAGCCAAGCCUUCACAGCAGGCCUCAGGAUAUAGGUAUGGGCAUGACACUGAAAUUUAAGAAAAAUGUGGUCUUCUCUGCUCCUUUGAAAAUCUCAUCUGUCUCUAAAACAUCGUCUCUGAGAAAAACCCACGUUUACAGUGAGUGCACUUACUUUCUUAGGCCCAAAAUAAACAUCAGGCGAUCUUUUUCCCGUCACCACCCUAGGUCACAGAUAUUUAAAAAUAAAACCCUGUUCACUCA